CACUCACAAUCAUGGUUCCCUGCCACGCAUUGAGAUGGCCCUUCCUGUUCCUCCAUAACUGCUCUGCUAGCCGCCAUGGCUUCUACAACUUUCAAUUCAUACACUCUCUAUUUCAAUCUUCCAACACCGCCCGACUCUCUCCUUCAUCGUUCCAGUAAUAUUUUGCACUGCGCCCAUCGCCAUGGACAGGCUCCCUACUCUUCUAUAUGCACCAGGGUUCGGUUUCAGCCAAGGACCAGAGCGCAAAGAGCUCCCGUUCUCACUCUUGUCUCUUCUUCCGCAAAUAAACCGUCUUCUUCUCCCUCUGACGUUAGCUCUACAGCCAAGAUAAGGAAUGAAGUUCUGUCCCCCUUUCGGUCAGUUAGGAUGUUCUUUUAUAUUGCUUUUGUUGCAAGCGGAUCUCUAGGGGGAUUGAUAACACUCCCACAACUGAUUGGUGCACUGGGUAAUCCAUCAAGAACACCUGAAGUUCCAGUGAUUCUAAAAGACCUCGCCAUUGACCUUGGAGCAGUAUCUUUAUUCGCUUUCUUGUACUACAGAGAGAACCAGGCAAAAAACGCACAGCUGUCUCGGCUCUCCAGAGAGGAAAGCCUAUCAAAUCUUAAGCUCCGAGUGGAUGAUAAGAAGAUCAUUCCUGUCAGCACAUUGAGAGGGAUUGCUCGUCUUGUAGUAUGUGCAGGUCCAGCAUCCUUCAUAACAGAGUCCUUUAAUCGUAGUGAGCCUUUCACAGAAAGCCUCUUAGAGAGAGGGGUGCUUGUUGUGCCUCUGGUGACAGAUGAGAAUUCACCUUCUUUGAAAUUUGUGGAAAGUGAGGAGCAGAAGCAGGCCACGACCAAAAGGAAGAGACUCUGGCAGCUUGCUCCCGUUUACAUCAAUGAGUGGCUUGAGUGGUUGGACGAACAAAAGAAGUUGGCAGGUGUAUCCUCUGAGUCUCCAGUGUACCUAUCCCUGCGGCUAGAUGGUCGAGUACGAGGUAGUGGAGUUGGUUAUCCUCCAUGGAAAGCUUUGGUUGCACAAUUACCACCAGCAAAGGGAAUUUGGUCUGGCCUACUAGAUGGUAUGGAUGGGAGAGUUCUUUAGAACCGGCUUUUACUGUUAAAGUUGAUCUCGUAAAAAAAAAAAAAAAAAUUCCCCUGUCACGCCGUCACGCCUGCCAUCUGCUUUUUGAAGCGGAAAAAUCAAAUACUUGUUAAGAAUUGAAUCCAAGGUCAUGUUUAAAUGUAUGUCAACGUCAGUAGAGAUGAUCAUAUUUAGUUAUGUUGUACAACCUCGUGUCUUCUUGGAGAGGCAUGCUAUUGGAACUUCUUUGGGUUUACACGGAUAUGGACAAUUUUCCCCCUUUAUGAUCUCUGCUUUUAUCUUGUUUUAUUUACCCAGUAUAUAAAUUCAACUCAGAGACAUUAUAUUAAAGAUGACUCCACCUCUAAUUUUUGUCA